GAAGCGGCAGGGCAGUUUCACCAACUCGCCAAAAUUUCGAUAAGUCACCGCCGAUCGGACCAUUUCGCAGGAACAACCACAGCACCUCCGGAACGAAUAAGUCAAGAUGGCUCCCAAGAAGGCCGCUCGUCCUGCGCAAGAGAACAUCUCCCUGGGUCCCCAGAUCCGGGAGGGUGAGCUCGUCUUUGGCGUUGCCCGUAUAUUCGCCAGCUUCAACGACACCUUCGUUCACGUCACCGAUCUCAGCGGACGUGAAACCAUUUGCCGUGUCACCGGUGGUAUGAAGGUCAAGGCCGACCGUGACGAGUCCUCCCCGUAUGCGGCCAUGUUGGCUGCUCAAGACGUCGCGGCCCGCUGCAAGGAGCUGGGCAUCACUGCCCUUCACAUCAAGAUCCGUGCCACUGGUGGUAACGGCACCAAGACCCCCGGCCCUGGCGCUCAGUCCGCACUUCGCGCUCUGGCUCGGUCCGGCAUGAAGAUUGGCCGCAUUGAGGACGUUACCCCCACUCCCUCCGACUCGACUCGUCGCAAGGGUGGUCGCCGUGGUCGCCGUCUCUGAAUCUGCAGGGACUUGUGGCUGGCUUUCUGGGAAAGAUUUGGUUCUCUUAUGGAGUAUUGCUGUGGCGUUGACAAUUACGAGGGGAACGGCCUGAGAUUGCCUGGUCUCCAUAUUCUGGCGCUUGUCACAUGUUGCUUAUGGCACACCUGCAGCUCUUGAAAUAGAGAAUCAAGACGGAGCUACCAAGGUAGUCCUGAACAACGCUGCAUCGCGUCUAGAUCAUCAGCCAUCCCACUCCAUACGGGAGCUUCCCCAAAAAACAAACGUCACUGCGGCCGCUGCCUUUUGGUUCCACGAGUGCUCUCCUGGGUUGUGGGUUCCCGUUCCCGUCGCAUGGACGGUAAUGACUGCCCCAUCGUCCAAAGAAAGCAUAGAUUGAUAUCGGCGGGUUUAAAGAUAUCUCGCCUUGGC